UGCUGCAAAAACAAAUUACAGUAGAUUGCGUGCGUGAAAGAAUUAACGUAAUGACGUUGUACAGACGUGGCUCUGGAUCUUAAAUCUAAAUUUGCGCGGGGAAGCAGUUGGGUGGAGAUUUGACUGUUUAUUUCACGGCACUGGCUAAACGAAAUGUCUAAGCGAGAGGCAUUUUUAAACUCGGUCUGCAAAGACAAUGUGGGGGAAUUUCUGAAUUUCACUAAACUCCAUAAGGACACGACUGAGCCCUUUGACUUGGAAGAGGUCCUGCAGGAGUUGCCAAAGGCCCAGAGGGAGGCACUGUGGGCCAGACUAGUCACCCUGCUUUGUGACCAACUGGCGGCCUUUCCACCAGAGCACUGGGAUGCUGGCAUAGAGGACGACAAUGACAUGGACAUGGAGAUGGAGGUGUCCCCAGACCUGACGCACACCAUAUCUGUUCUUGAGGGAGUGACUCUCGUGGUCACUGCUUCGGUUGAAGUCAUUGAGGAUGGUGACACUUACAACUCUCUCUUAGAGUGCGCCAACAUAUUAAAUGGUGUCUUGCCCUACCUUCCUGCCUCUGAGAUGCCUCUGCGGCAGGCUGUCCACGGUCUGUGUGAGGCCUGGUGGAAGAAAGGCCUCCUGGGGAAAGAAGAGCUGGGCCGCACAUCCUUCCUCGUAUGCCUGGAGAAGACUCUCAUACUGAAGAAACCAAUGACUGAGAUCCAAAGGCUGUGGGGUUUCCAUGAGGUGCUGCUGACUGUGGAUUUUCAAUCGGAGGACAACAAGGAGCUGAUCGAUCUGCUGCUGCAGUGCUUCCUCAGUGUCAAUCACAUCAGAAAUGAAGAUGGAAAGCGUCUGAUGGUGUUUCUCUUUAGCUGGAAUGUCAACUUCAUCCGGAUGAUCCAUGGAACCAUCAAAAACCAGCUGCCCUACUUUGCAAAUUCCCUCACUGACCACAUAGCUGAGAUCUACUGCCGGGCCUGGAAGAAGGCCUCUGGGUUCUGUCUGGAGCAGAUAGAGAGCACCUGCAUCCAGGACUUCAUGCAGUACGCUGUGCUCCUGCACAGGUCUUCGCCCGUCCAUGCCAAAGUCAGACAGAUACUGAGCUACUUUCACAAACUGAAGGGCCGCCACAGGUUGGAUGAGAUGCUCUACAGACUCUACAAGCCCAUUCUCUGGAGAGCGCUAAGUGCUGCCAACUCUGAGGUCCGGGCCAAUGCCACUCUGCUAUUCACCGAGGCCUUCCCUAUCCACGACCCCAGCCAGAGCAGUGAGAAGAUGGACGAGACCAUUCAGAAACAACUGGACACGCUCGUCAGCCUGCUGGAGGACCCUCAGCCCCUGGUGCGCUCCACAGCCACCCUGGGGGUCUGUAAGAUCCUGGCCAAGUGCUGGGAGGUCAUCCCCCCCACCGUCAUCACCGACUUCCUCAAGAAGCUGGUGGUAGAGCUGGCCAAUGAUACCAGCUCCCCUGAUGUCCGCUGCUCCGUCUUCAAGUGUUUGACCAUCGUACUGGACAAUGGCUACAGCCACCCAUUGCUUGAGCAGCUUCUGCCAGCUCUGAAGAACAGCCUCCAUGACACCUCGGAGAAAGUACGCGUGGCCUUCCUCGACAUGCUGCUAAAGAUUAAAGCGGUGCGGGCCGCCAAGUUCUGGAAAGUGUCCUCCAUGGAACACCUGCUAGCCCGUCUGGCUGUCGACUCGCAGCCCGUCUCCAAGCGCAUCGUCAACCUCCUCUUCAAUUCCUUCUUCCCCGUCAACCAAUCAGAGGAUGUGUGGUGUGAACGCUGUGUCACUCUGAUUCAGAUGAACCCCAAGGCAGCCAGGAAGUUCUACCAGUACUCGCACAUCUACACUGCCCCCACUAACAUAGUCAAGCUGAUGCUGACUAUCCGCAGGUGUUUGAAUGCCUGCAUCCAGACUGAAGACCCGAACAAGACCAACCCGACCAACAAAGAGAACGCUAGUGUUCUUGAGGACGUCCUUUCGGUCAAGGACACGGCGUCCAUGGCCAGUCUGCUGGAGGUGGUGGUGAUCCUGUGGAGGAGCAUACGGAAAGCCCUGCAGCUCAACAAGGACGCCCUCAAGUACACCACUGCCAAGUUUGGCUCCGUCGUGCCCAAAUAUUUCAACGUCUUCCAGGAGGAGCGUUGCACAGUUCCCCUCAUCCAACUGGCCUCCCUCCUGCCCCCAGCUUCAGUCCCCACUUUCAGCUGUGGGGUGCUGUCCAGGCUGAAGAGGCUAGAGGCGGGGGCCAAGGUGUCCCAGUACAGUCAGAUCAUCGAGUGUCUGUGUAGCUGGGGCCAGGCCGCACACGUCCUGGAGCUUAUCACCGACUGGCUCACCGAGGCCUUACCCACCGCCACGGGCAACGGUAACACCAGUCGGAAAGUGCGCAUCCAGGAGACAGUGGAGGCCAAGCCAGACCUGGGGUUAGAUUACCUGGAGUACCUAGUCAGCCGCACCUCCACGCGGGACUGCAUCAGGCACGGCCAGCUCAAACAGCUGCACAAAGCCCUCGGGGCCUGGAAGUUGGUGCUGUACUCCCAUCUGAGCUCUUCUGAGGCCCAGGCCGAUGUUCCCAGUGUAGAAACGGCAAUGAGGGCGUUUGCCUUUCACGCACGACUCAGUGCCCAUCUACACCACAAAUUCUCUGAGUGCAGGGAUUUCCUGGUUUCUGUGGAGAACACCGCAGCAUGGGUGGCAGAGAGGGCGCUGCCCUUCCUGGUCAGUCCCAGUGAGGGAGGGGUCACUGAGCAGCAGCGGGGCCUCGCCAGGCAGGUGGUAGAGAAUUUCCUCACAGUGUGCAGCGAUGUGAUCCGGGUGGGCCUUGGGGACGAGGAGUUCAAAGGGCAGAUCCUUCACCUGUGCUCCGUCGUGCUCCUCUCUGAGAAGGGCUACCUGUGUGUUCCACUGCUGCUCUCUGUGCUGACGGAGGUGGCGGAGAACUACGUCCCCGAGAACCAGGCCCAGGACGACCAGUCCUCCAUCAUCCUCAGCGUGGUUACCAACAUCUUCCAGAAGAUCCUGGAGGUCAUGGCUCGCUGCCUGAGGAAGGACCCCGAGGAGGGCCAGGAGCUGUGGCACUCGGCUGUUCCCGUUCUAGGAGACUUCCUCCAGGUGGUUCAGGCUUGGUCGGGCUUCGACUCCAACCCCCUAAACGGGGUGUUUUCAACCAUCUGUGCUGCAACCCUGGCGGCAAGCCAACACUCCCUUCAAAGGAUUACACUUCCCCAAGAGGUCACAAUACCAGAGACAGUCCAGGAUUUGCCUCCUCUCUCAUGCAUCUUGUUGGACAUUCUCCUCAAAUCGCCCCCUGUCACCAGGGCCUACCUGGCAGAGAUCAACAUAACUGUUGACUCCGAGGUCAUUGACGGUCUGACCGGAUUGGCUGCAGUUCUUCACAUUCUGUCAGUUGUCAGACAGACCGGGAAGUUUAAGGCAGAUCUGAGGAGUACAGCCGUGUCCAUCCAGAGGCAGCUUCAGAAACACUGCGCCGUCACGGCUGAGAACGAAGGACACAUCCAGAGGGUAAUCUACGAAUCUGCUAUCAAGACAUUAAAUGAGCUUCUGAUGCCAAGCCAUUGAGGGGACAAGAGCGAGAGAACGUCAAGAGUUUUAACAUUUUUAACAUAUAUUUAACAUUUUCUAAUUGUAUUUGUGUUUCCAGUGUCAGCUAUUUUUGUGUUCUGUUCUAUAUAUUUUUUAAAGCUUUUCUAUGUAAUCAUGGGUUAUGCAGAAUGAUUUGUAACUUGUGCUUUGGAUUUAUGUAUUGCCUUAGUAGAUAUAGAUAUGCUGCAUGAACUGAACUGUGUAACAUUGUUCACUGUUUAAAAAUAAAUAGAAAUUUUUGUUUCA